AUGAGUCUAAGGGUAAAUACAUCAGGCGCUGGAGAUAGUCGCGAGCGCAUACGAAAGUACCACGCUGAAUUUACAUUCAAUAGCGUAUUGCAAAAUACACAGCAGCCGUAUGCAACGCAGGAAAAGGUAUUUGAAUCUAUCGGUAAUGGAGUUCUGGCUAGCAUGUCGGAGGGUUUGUCCACAUGCGUGCUGGCUUACGGGCAGAGUGCGACCGGCAAGACGUAUACCAUGAUGGGAACAGAAUCUAAACCUGGCCUGAUACCCCGACUAUGUCAGGCCCUAGGAACCAAACAUCCUUUCGACAUCAAAGUUAGCUUUCUGGAGAUAUACAACGAGAAAGUGCAUGAUCUGCUCGCUGGCGAUGCUGUGUCAACCCUCAAUAGCAUCAGCUCGUUACCACGGCGUAAAGGGAACGCGCGCAAGGACUUACGAGUGAGGGAACAUCCCUCGAAGGGGCCAUACGUUCAAAAUUUGCGUCGCGUGUCCGUAAGCGACGAGGCGGCGCUGCUGGCGCUGGUGACGGAGGGCGCGCGCCGUCGGCGCACCGCCGCUACCCGACGCAACGCGGCCUCGUCGCGCUCGCACGCGCUGCUCGAGCUGUGCACGCCGCGCGCCACGCUGCACCUCGCCGACCUAGCUGGCAGGCAGAAAGAAGGCGCGAACAUUAAUAAAUCUUUAGUGGCUCUAAGUAACGUCAUUUCGGCAUUGGUAAACACUGGAAGUGGUCGGAGCCGGUUUGUCCCGUAUCGUGAUUCGGCACUCACGUGGCUCUUGAAGGACUGUUUUUCUGGUGGUGGAAAUAUUUUUGUCAUAGCUACUGUAUCCCCAAGUUUCGCAUGCUAUAACGAGUCCGCAUCUACACUGCGCUGGGCAGCGCAGGUCCGUCACUUGCAGAGUCCUAAGACCACACCUGCGCCAGGAGUUGUCUCUAAAGCUGAUCUACAAGCCCAACUCAAUCAAUUGCUGUUUGAACUUGGAAAUCAUUACAUACGAUAUAUACCAGAGAACGGAAAAAUCACCUAUGACGAUGAUCAUUGGUUGUUAAAACCCGAAGUGAAUAAGGUUGAGUGCAACACCGCUUCGGCAAAAAUAGGACCGAAACCCGUGAUACCGUUCGGCAACGUUAGGGAUGUGAUUGCGCGCAGGGAGCAGUUCUUUCAGCCGUACUGUGACAACUAUUUCAAAUAUAAACAUCUGCCUUACGUAGGUAUGUACUGUUUCCACCGGCCGGUGCUGUGUCUCAUAGACCCCGAUGUGAUGAAGCACGUCUUAAUAAAAGACUUCGAUCAUUUCCAAUCGCACGGUAUAUUUUCGGGGGGCGUCGGCGAUCCGCUCGCCGGGCACCUAUUUAACCUGCACGGCGCCAGCUGGAAGAGUCUGCGUGCGAAAAUGUCCCCCUCCUUCUCUUCCAGCAAGCUUAAGGGCAUGUACCCUUUCGUGGAGAGCAUAGCGAAUGACGCGUUGGCAUACGCCGAUGCCCGCGCUGACGGGGCUAUGAACUUUUCCGAUUUUUACGAGAAGUACACCAUGGAGAUUAUUGGCAGCGUCGGAUUCGGCGUAGAAUGCAACGGUUUCAAAAACGAUAACUCCGAGUUUUGCGUUCGCGGGCACGAGUACUUCGAUCCGCGGUCGUUGUAUUGGACUCUAGUUCGGGCGUUGGCGUUUUUCGCACCGGACUUGUUUAAUAAGUUUAAAAUCAGACGCAUCAAUCCGGAAAUCAUCGACUUCUUUUACAAUUUAGUCAAACAAACCGUCAGUUAUCGUCAAAACAAUAAUUACAAGAGAAACGAUUUUCUUCAGACUUUGAUAGAUUUGAAAAAUAAUGACUCCAUUGACCAUAAAGGCGCGACUAACACACAAGUAGGUGUGUUUUCCAUUAACGACGUAGCCUCCAACGUGAUGCUGUAUAUGUUUGCUGGGUACGAGACCUCGGCCACCGCCGGCCAGAUGGCGGCGUACGAGCUGGCCCUCAACCCCCACGUGCAGGAUAAGGCGAGGGCGGAAAUCAGGAGGGUGCUGGCCAAACACAACGGCGAGUGCACGUACGAGGCGCAAAGCGAAAUGGUGUAUAUGAACAUGGUGCUAGACGAGGCAAUGAGGAAGUAUCCACCGAUGCGAGCGCUGUUCAGGCGGUGCACUAAAGAGUUCAGGAUGCCGAACAGCGACGUGGUCAUCGAUGAGGGUACUUUAGUGUUCAUUCCGAUACAGGCGGUACAAAUGGACGCCGAUAUAUUCCCGGAACCGGAGACCUUCGAUCCGGAGCGAUUUUCGCCGGAGAGGAAGGCGAAGAUGCAUCCAUGUCACUGGAUGCCCUUCGGCGAAGGUCCAAGGAAAUGUUUAGGUCUGCGCCAAGGUUACGUUCAGUCGAAGCUUGCACUCGUAAAGUUGUUGCACAGUUACGAGUUGACGUUGGACGGGCGAACGCAAGUGCCUCCGGCUAUCAAGGCCUCCUCUCUAGCGUGCGCCGUCGACGGCGGGGUGUGGCUCAAGCUUAAGAAACUGGAAGUC